GCUGCGAAACCCAAAUUCCCGAAUAUCGAGUGGUCGGCUAAUGAUAGCUACCUCCUCUGGCAAGUAAUCUCGGAGGCGGAGAAGGAGGAGAAUAGGAAGGUUUUGUUUGGGAAGAAGUUGGACCAGGUGUGUAACUCUUCUCCGGCAAAUAAGGCUGCGGUGCACAAGCGCAUCGCUGCUGCCGUGAUCCCCACCCUCUUUGCUUUGGAUGGUGCCACUGCUGGUGACCGUGUCAAGGGUAGAAUUGCUGCGCUUAUAACAACUUAUCGGUCGUAUGCAUGUAAUGUGACCUCGACUGGGCGAGGAGUUCAGAAGAAUCACAUUCUCGAGGGCCAGGAUUCCCCGGAGGACAUUAGUGAGGAUGGCACAACUGCAGGCUGGAUUGCGAGUGUGCCGCGGGAUGGACCCGAUCACGACACACCGGAGCGUGCAAGGAACAUCUGGGAACAGGUUGAGCAAGAAUGGCCGUUCUUUCCCCGUCUCCACCGGCUG